CUUAAGCCCGUCUCUCACUCUCUCGGUUUCAGGAUAGCGACUGGGACCACCGCGUGACCGCUUCCCGAGAAAGGAAACCGGCAAGCAAAAGAGAGAAAGACAUCGACGAGAGCUGUGGGAGAGUAAAGGAGACGUGGAUAUAUAGAACGUACGAAGAAACGAUUAACGACGAUUCACCUCCAGACUUCGUCGUCACAGCCGCCGUGACAACGCCUUGUUUUUCAUCGUUUUAAUCACCUCGCAACCGUCUUCUACAAUUUAUCCAUGAAAAGAAAGCAGAUGCUCUUUAAAAGCACAAGUGUAGCUAAUUCGGAUCUUUUUUAAGUACAGAGGCAGAAGAUUGUGGAAUAAAGAAGAGGUUUAAUCCAAGUGUUACGAAGAGUCUGUAAUGGUGUACCUCUUGGGGUAAGCGAGUGUUGGUUGUAUGUUAAUACAAGUGCUUUGGUUUCAUUUUAAAUCGUGUGAGUGAAUAGUGCAGUUCUGGCUUCCGAAGUCACGUAUCGCUAGUUGAAUUCACCAUCUGCUCCAGGGAUGGACCCAGUCAUCUUUAGCUAACACAACCAAGGAGUAGGAGAGGUACGAGCACAGUGUCGUAUAAAUAGGCUACCCAUCCAGCACCCACAGUGCCUCCAUUUAAAAGUCCACCAUGUCAUCAACAGCGACAUUUGUGGAUCGGAUAGAUCCUUUUGCUAAGCGUUCUCUUAAGAAAAAAUCUAAAAAGUCUCAAGGGUCGUCCCGCUAUCGUAAUUCGCAGGACGUUAUGCUACAACAACUUCCAGAGCUCAAAGAAGUCACGCCGUCGGAGCAGGAGGAGCUGUUCAUCCGGAAGUUGCGACAAUGCUGCGUGAUUUUCGAUUUCGUAGAUCCGGUCGCGGACCUUAAGGGCAAGGAGAUUAAACGGGGCACCCUUAAUGAGCUCGUCGAGUAUAUAACAGCGGGCCGAGGGGUCCUCACCGAGCCAGUCUACCCCGAAAUCAUCAAGAUGAUUUCGGCAAACAUAUUUCGUACUUUGCCACCUAGUGAAAAUCCAGAUUUCGAUCCUGAAGAGGAUGAUCCAACACUGGAGGCGAGCUGGCCCCACCUUCAGCUGGUGUACGAGUUCUUUCUCCGUUUCCUCGAGUCUUCGGAAUUUCAACAGAACGUUGGGAAACGAGUGAUUGACCAAAAAUUUGUUUUACAUUUGUUGGACUUAUUUGAUUCGGAGGACCCAAGAGAGAGAGAUUUUCUAAAAACCGUCUUACAUCGUAUCUACGGGAAGUUCCUUGGCCUUCGAGCCUUCAUACGCAAACAAAUCAACAACAUCUUCCUCAGGUUUGUAUACGAAACGGAACAUUUCAACGGAGUCGCAGAACUUCUAGAAAUAUUGGGCAGCAUUAUCAAUGGCUUUGCUCUGCCUCUCAAAGUCGAACACAAGCAAUUUUUGGUCAAGGUGCUGUUACCACUACAUAAGGUUAAGGGUUUAUCGUUGUACCACGCACAAUUAGCAUACUGUGUGGUACAAUUUCUCGAAAAGGACGCUACAUUAACGGAACCUGUUGUGCAAGGACUUUUAAAAUUCUGGCCCAAGACAUGUAGCCAGAAAGAGGUCAUGUUCCUGGGUGAAAUAGAGGAGAUUUUGGAUGUCAUAGAACCUAGCCAAUUUGUUAAAAUCCAAGAGCCUCUAUUCAGGCAAAUCGCACGUUGCGUUUCAUCUCCGCACUUUCAGAUCGCAGAGAGGGCACUAUAUUUCUGGAAUAACGAGUACAUAAUGUCGCUAAUCGAAGAAAAUAACCAAGUAAUAAUGGGUAUAAUGUUUCCAGCACUGUAUAGAAUAAGUAAAGAGCAUUGGAAUCAGACGAUCGUAGCGCUCGUUUAUAACGUACUCAAAACAUUUAUGGAAAUGAACACCAAACUCUUUGAUGAACUUACUGCCAGUUAUAAGUCUGAGAGGCAAAAAGAAAAAAAGAGAGAAAAGGAAAGGGACGAGCUAUGGAAGAAAUUAAAUGAGCUGGAAAUAAAAAGACGUCAACCUCAUAUAACACCACCAACAAAUAGUCCAGUUCCUGCCUCUACUACACCUGCGACGCGUGCCCGCCCUUGAGCUGGUGGAAAUUCACUACCACGCUACCCAACUGUUAGUCCUUAGAUUACGUCGAUUGUCCAUACACUAAAAACAAAGAAAAAUACAAAAGAAAUUAUCGUUGUUAGUGAAAACAAAAUAAUGUCUAAUGGUGGCAAUUUCUGACGUAACGUAACUCUUUCGCAAACUGCGCCUAAAAGGCGAUCAGUCAAGAGGAGGACAAGAAAAAAUGAAUAAGCGUGUAGAGA